AUGGCUUCUAGUUCUGGAGGAUGGAUUGAUAAAUCUGUAGAAUGGCUUAUUUUUAAUAAUCAUAUUAAAUGUUUUGAUUACGAUGACUUUACCGAUUUCGAGAAUAUUGAAGAUGGUGGACUUGGCAAUAUUCGAAAGGCAACAUGGCAAGACUUUAUUGAAAAACUUGAACAAAACAAAGACAAAAUCACACAAUUUCAAUUAACUCAAGAUUAUAAUUCUAUUGAACAAGUUCAAAACAAUUCUCUCGGGUCAACUAAUCCUGGAACUUGCUAUAAUUAUGAAGUUAAAAAAGAUGAACAUAGCUAUUAUCAAAAACUCACUGAAAUGAGAUAUUUAAAAGGGAAAUUUAAGAUUGAAAUAUGCCAUUUGUUUGAAAUUGAAGCAGCUAGAAGUUUAGAAAGCGCAAAGUGUUGCAUUAAUAUUUUAGAUUUCGAUCUUUCCUCUUUACGUGAUUUUGGUCAUGCUUAUUUCUAUGAGUUUGGCGCACAUUCACCUAUUAAUUAUCUUAAAAUUUCUACACAUCAUAAAAAAUUAUGGGAAGAUAGAUAUAAUAAAGUUCGUGAAUACCUUUUUAAACAAAUUAGAGAUGUUGUUGCUGAAAAAGAAUUAUUGGAUUGCAUAGAUAAAUUUCUCGGUGAUAACAUUAUUAGAAAGGUUAAAAAAGAUCGUAAGAAAUCUGCUACAAUCCCCAAUAUUAGAAAAGUAAUUGUAUCUAAACAAAAAGAUGAUGAUAGGAUUGAACUUAUUGAUUCAGUAAGUAGGGGAUUAGACGCUCCUAAAGAAGAAAUUAUUGCUACAAAUAAAAAGAAAAAAAUUAAGAAGGCUUACAAUAACGAAAAUCACCGUAUAAGGUCGUACUUAUGA